UUUCAUUUGUGCAACUGCACCAUGGCCAAAUGCACUGGGAAUAAUACAUUUGAGAUAGUUCCUUAUAAAUGUCCACCUAUUGUGGACAUCUCUUGUGCAAAUGGAAAGAAACCUGUUCUUGUGUAUGACGAGUACCACUGCUGCCAACAUUACGAGUGUGACUGUGUAUGUGAAGGCUGGGGAGAUCCUCAUUAUAUAACAUUUGAUGGAUUGUACUACAGUUAUCAAGGAAAUUGUACUUAUGUCUUAAUGGAAGAGAUUACACCAAGACAUAACCUAAAGAUUUUUAUUGACAAUGUUAUUUGUGAAAACGCUGAAGAUGUCUCCUGCCCCCGGUCUAUAAUUGUAUCCUAUGGUACACAAGUUGUCAGACUCAAGAACCACAACCUCAUUGGAGCAGCAAAGUUGGAGGCAUUGAAAGAUGGAGUACGUCUGAAACUGCCUUACUACCAACAAGGUGUCAAGAUCUUGAAUUCUGGCAUUUCCUUGGUUUUGGAGAUCCCUCGCUUUAACGUGGUCAUUUCAUUUGGAAUAACUGGCUUCGGUGUGACCCUUCCCUUUCAGUACUUUGGCAGAAACACACAGGGCCAUUGUGGAACAUGCAACAACAACCAGGGUGAUGACUGCAUGUUGCCAGGAGGCAAACUGGUACAAAAUUGCGCUGUGAUGGCUGACUACUGGCCUGUAACAGACGCUGAGAGACCCGACUGCAAGAUACCAUCUGUACUUCCUACCAAGAAACCUGAAAUUUCACCAACCCAAACUCCAUGCAAGCCCCAAGAGUCCAUAUGUGAUCUGCUUAAGAGCAGUGUCUUUGCAGAGUGCCAUAAAUUUGUCGAUCCUGACAAAUUCUACAAAGGUUGUGUUUUUGACAGUUGCUAUGUUUCCAACCCAGCAGUGCAGUGUGCAAGUUUGCAGGUCUAUGCUGCUGCUUGUGCACAGGCUGGGGUUUGCCUGCACUGGAGGAACCACACAACACUGUGUGCUAGUGACUGCCCUGCAAGCACAAUUUACCAGCCAUGUGGUCCUGCAGAACAGCCAAGCUGUGAAGACAAUUCCAAUGAAUCUACAAUGAACUUCACUGUUGAGGGCUGCUUUUGUCGUGAUGGAAUGAAACUCUUCAGCAAAGAGUCUUUGAUAUGUGUUGAUAAGUGUGGAUGUCUUGACCCUGAGGGAAUUCCUCGUGAGAUUAAUGAAAGAUUUGAGUACAAAUGCCAAAACUGCAAAUGUGAGGAGUCCACCAAGACUGUGAACUGCACGCCUAAGGUGUGCCCAGCACCACUUAUGAUAAGCUGCACUGGUCCAGGAUUCGUCCUUGUCAACCAAACUAAUCCAUCAGAUCCCUGCUGUACUACUUAUGUCUGCCAAUGUCACAGCAAUACUUGCCCAAUGAACAUGAAGAAAUGUCCAGUUGGAUAUCAGCCGACUGUCAGUGUUCCUGAGGGAAAAUGCUGUCCAGAAUAUUCAUGUGAGCCUAAAAGAGUUUGUGUCCACAAAAACGUUGAAUACCAGCUUGGUGUUUCAGUUCCUGGGAUUGAAUGUCAGAAUUGUACCUGUAACAAUGAGUUGGACCCCAAAUCUGGUCUAUUCAAAGUCAAUUGUGACUUUAUACAAUGUGACACACAUUGUGACAAGGGUUAUGAAUAUGUGGACAAAUAUUCAGACUGCUGUGGGAGAUGUGUACAGACACACUGUAUCUUUAAUGUUAAUGGUACCAAACAGGUCUUGAAGGAAGGAGAAACCUGGUCACCACAUGAGAAUAAGUGUGAGCAUUACACCUGUGUUAAGAGUGGUGAGAUUUUUACAGCCAUUAGUUCACAAAUGGUCUGCCCGCUAUUCAACGAGAGCAACUGCCAACCUGACACAAUUCAAACUGCAGCAAAUGGCUGUUGUAAAAUUUGUGUGGAGAAGGAGAAGGCUUGCAAGUUAGUGUCCAUGACAACUAAAAUAAUACACAAUGGCUGUCAGUCUAACCAGAAGAUAUAUAUGCCAUAUUGUGAAGGAUCCUGCAACACUUUUACCAAGUACUCUGAAUUAACAAGUACUAUGCAGCAUUCUUGCUCAUGCUGUAAGGAGACCCGCUACAGCAAUCGCACUGUUGACUUGCAUUGUCUCGAUGGAGAAGUGGUUCCUUACACAUACAUUCAUGUGGAGGAGUGUGGCUGUAGCCACACAGACUGCAAAAGUGCUGCAGGACAUUCAGGUCGCAAAAGGCGAAGCUUCAGACUAGUGUAAUUGAAAAUCUGUCAUCAAA